UUUUUUUUUGACCACUUCUUUCUUGCAUCGGUGGAGCGUAUUUUGUUGCGUUUUCCGGGAUAAUUGAGUUCGCCAUUAAAGAUGCCUGCCGACAUGAUGGAAAAAUCGUCCUCCUCUCCGGUCGCUGCCACCCCGGCAAGCAUGAACUCGACCCCCGAUAAACCCAAAACAGCCUCCGAGCACAGAAAGUCUUCCAAGCCAAUUAUGGAGAAGCGAAGAAGAGCCCGAAUCAACGAGAGCUUGGGCCAGCUUAAAACUCUCAUCUUGGAUGCCCUCAAGAAAGAUAGCUCCAGACACUCCAAGCUGGAGAAGGCAGACAUCCUGGAAAUGACAGUGAAACAUCUGCGGAACCUACAGAGAGCUCAAAUGACCGCUGCUCUCAACACCGACCCCACCGUGUUGGGCAAGUACCGCGCCGGCUUCAGCGAGUGCAUGAACGAAGUGACCCGCUUUCUGUCCACCUGCGAGGGCGUCAACACGGAGGUCCGAACGCGGCUCCUCGGCCACCUCGCCAGCUGCAUGACGCAGAUCAACGCCAUGAACUACCCCAGCCAGCACCCGAUCCCCCCCGCGGCCGGGCCGACGCACCCGUCGUUCGGCCAGCCCAUGGUGCAGAUCCCCGGUUCCUCCCCGCAGGUGCUGCCCAUGAGCGGCGUGCCGUGUAAGGGAGCCCCCUCUCCGGCCACUUUACCCAGCUCUGACGCCACCAAAGUGUAUGGCGGCUUCCAGAUUGUGCCUGCCACGGACGGACAGUUUGCCUUCCUCAUACCCAACGCGGCGUUCGCCUCCAACGGCCCCGUCAUUCCCGUGUACGCCAACAGCCCCGGGACGCCGGUUCCGGUGCCGGGUGCCGUCUCUCCCGGAGCCCCGUCGGGAAACACGGACUCGGUGUGGCGGCCCUGGUGAACACCGCCAAGGAGCAGAAAGACUCUCACAUGACACCAGUUCUUCUCUUUGUUUCUCCAUGCUAGAAAAGUUUUUUUGUUUGUUUUUUAAAUUGUCAAAUGGAAAAGAGUAUGCACUAUAUUUGUACAGCUAACAAAGCGAGUAAAGUUCAUAUUGAAAUGA